AUGGAGGUGGACCUUGCCUCCUUCCUGGCGCCGGCGGGAGAUCUGCUGGGAGAGGUCAGCCAACGCGUCCUGGAGUUCCUGUCGGUGAGAGACCUGAUCGAAUACGUGGCAUCAUCUUCUCCGACAUCCCCGGAAUGCGGCGGGGACAGAGACGCUGAUACGGCCGAGCGCGUCACCAAGGACGAAGCAGACUACCCGGAGAACCCUAGGCGACGGCGGCAGCACUCCGUAAGUGGGCGGGACUUCGAAAGACAGCCUUUACGGGGGGGAAGCAGCGGACCUGCGACGAUGGGUCGCAACUUGUCGCCCGAAGAGGAAGUUCCCCAUCGCCUCCACAGCAACAACGGCAGCAUGCAUUUUAUUAGCACGACCGGGGCGGGAGACGAGGCCGGCGGGGGCUCACGCCCGCCGUCCCCGUACCUGAGCGCCAAGACCGACCCUCGCCGUCGAGACAACAAGCAACAGGAGUGGGAAGGCGACGUCGACACCGAGUGCUCCAACUACGACAACAGCAGCAGCCGUUUCGUCGGCGAUUGCAGCACAGCAACACCAGCGGGAGGAUUGGCCAGCACGCUUGGGGGAGAGUGUUCUCCCCGAACCGGCGGUAGUAGUGGGUGUGGCGUCCAUGUGGUAGUCGUGGGAGGCCGACGCCGCGACGCUAAGGGCGGGCUCCUUGGCCCAGCGAGCCGCAGCAGCAGCAGCAGCAGCAGCAGUCCGCAGAAGGAAUCGCGCCGUCGCUCGCCGAGCAUUUUUGGGGUGCUGGUGGGGCUCGGGCUGCACCCGUGGGCGACCCUGCAGGGGGGCGUGGCGGCGCUACAGGGAGGCGUGGCGCACUUGCUCGGGGGCGUCCCGCUGCUUGCCUUGCUGCGGUGGGCGGCGGGGGGCGCCUCGGCGGUUCUAGGAGUGUCCUUCCGGGUGGCGCUGCUGCCGUACGAUGUCACCAAGGGGGCGGUUGCUUACGUGGUGGGGUCGCUGGAGGCCAUGCUGAACAUCGCCACGGAGAUUUGGUCUGAGCUGCGCCAUCUUAGCUUGGCGGAGCUCGCCGUCGUGAUAUCGUGCGUGGUCACCGGAAACCCUCUGCCGGACUUCCUUCUAGACCCUGACUACGACAGCGUUGACAGCGGCGGCUCAAGCUACGGUGGAGGAGGCGGCAGGCUCGGCAAUUCCCGCCGCAUCUUCUCGCGGUCGUCUCGAGGAAGUCCUGGCUUGGAGUCCGGCGGGGGGGGUGGCUUCCUCUCCGACUACCUACGCGGGCCCAGCUCCGCGGGAUAUCCCGACGACGAGUUUUACCGCUCCGGGGGCGCAGGCGGCACCCGCGUCGCCUGGCAGCAGGCUCAUGCGAUGCGGCGGCGCCUCGACCGCGUCAACCGGACAGCGUCACUGGUGUCGUACGAGGAGAGGGCCGAGAGCGCGGUGCCCAGGGCGAAGGCGCAGCGGGUCCGUCGGCGCAUGCACUACGCCAUGUCUCUACAGUGCUUCCAGGCCACUGUGACAAAGGACGGGCAGCACUCGGCCGGCGCCGGCAGCGACGCUAUCGGGGAGGACGGCGACGACGAUGAUGACGGGCGCGUGAGCGUGGAGGGGGGUUCGAGCGCGUUCAUGUGCACGCCGCAGUCCUUCCCACCGACGCCGGUGUCACGCGCGCACGUCAUGGCGCGGACGUCGCAGUUCUCGGACGACGUGCUUUUCCUUGCCCGCGACCACCUCCGCCUCGGGGAGAACCUUAAGCCCGGCGUGGAUGAGACGACGCGGGCGACGGCGGACUUCCUGCGGAGGCAGCAGCGGCUGGCCGUCCUCGACGGCCACGACGCCUGCGAGGGCAUCGUGCUCACGUGCGGGCACCACCGCGCCACCAAGGUCGGGCCCUCGCUGUACAGCUCGGCGCGCGCCAUGGUCCCGGUCCUCCGCAACCGGCACGUCUACUUCCAGGUGAGUUGCGUCAGGGAGGGCCCUCUCGCCCCCAGCAUCGGGGUCGGCCUGUCCACUCCGGAGAUGCCCCUUUCCACCCUGGUCGGGGCCUUCAGCAACUCGGUCGGAUUCUGCUCCACUGGACAGAUCCUCAUGUCGUCCCGCUGGUACGGCGAGCCCGGAGAGUUCGCCAUGCGCAAGGCGGGCAUGAUGACGACGGUGGGCGUACUUGUCUACCUGGACGGGUCCCGCCCCUUCCGCUCGUGGGACGGCGACAUGCUGCAGCAGGCUAGCGCGACGUUCGCAGCUUCCGCCGCCGCGGGUCCCGGAGAAGGAGGAGGGGGAGUACAUGUACAGCAAGACCACGGCGAGGAGGCGUGUUUGUCGCCGCCGCCUCCACCGCCUGAUUGCCCUCCCGUAGAAGAGGUUGCGCCGUGGGAAGUGGCCGCUGCUGGUGCAGCGGCCGCAACAGCAGCUACAAGCAGUGCGCGCUUGAUCAAAAACGGAGGAGGAGGAGGAGGAGGAGGAGGAGCGGGCGCGUCCAGCGGAGCGGCUGCGCCAGCUUUGGGGAUUGGUCGAGGGGGGGGUACCAUGUUACCGCCUGAUGUUCCCGAGACCUCUGCUGCGCUUGGACUUGCCCUCCCCAAGGACAGGGACUUGUUUCCCACGGUUACCAUCCACAGUCCCAACACAGAGAUAUUGUGCCGCUUUUGCGCGGAAGACUUGCUCGGCGUCACGAGAGAAAACAUGGGUGCGCCGCCUGGGGCGCCGGUAUACGCUCUCGACGGUAGCCUCAUCAACCUUCCACACUAG